GCCGGAGCGCGCGCUUACACUGAAAGUUGGCGCCACGACUCAGAACAACAACACGGAGCGGGAGCGGAGCGGCUGAGAAUUUAUAUUAAACCCCGAUAUUUCUCCUCCAGCUCGCAGCCAUGACUGUUACACUGUCAGAAGGAGCUAUAGAGCUCCUGAUCAAAGGUAGUGAGGUUUCAAACCCAGUGCUUCAAUGUGUUAAUAUCCGAAAGAUUGAUGGAGGCAGUGGACCAGUCCGCUUUCGCCUCAUGAUGAGUGAUGGCCUUCAUACUAUGUCCUCCUUCAUGCUCUCCACACAGCUGAACUACCUGGCUGAGCAAAGUCUGGUAGCUCCAAACUGUGUCUGUACAGUGAAGAGAAGUGUCACCAACGUCCUUAAGGAUGGGCGGCCUGUGGUAAUUAUACUGGACAUGGAGGUGAUCAAGCCUGCUGAUCAGGUUGGGGGGAAAAUAGGAGAUCCAACUCCUUAUGUAGAAGGUCAGUCGAAGCCUCCACAGCCUGCACCAGCACGUCCACUGCAGCCCCAGAACGGGAGUGAUGGCCAUACGAACAGAGGCCCCAGUCGUGACUUUGGGAGGAAGCCCAUGAAUGCACCCAACACACCUUCAGGCACUUCGAAAAUUGUGCCUAUUGCCAGCCUCAACCCUUAUCAGUCAAAAUGGACUAUUCGAGCUCGUGUGACCAAUAAGAGCGCCAUUCGCACUUGGAGCAACUCUAGAGGAGAUGGAAAGCUCUUCUCCAUGGAGAUUGUAGAUGAGAGUGGAGAGAUCAGAGUGACUGGAUUUAAUCAGGAGGUGGAUAAAUUUUACUCCAUCAUUGAACAAGGAAAAGUUUAUUACAUCUCCAAGGGCAGUCUGAAGAUCGCCAACAAACAGUAUACAUCUUUAAAGAAUGACUACGAGAUGACCUUGAAUGGCGAGUCCACCAUCAUCCCUUGCGAGGACAGCCAGGACGUUCCCAUGGUGCAGUGCGACUUUGUUGCCAUCGCUGACCUGGAGGCCCGGGAGAAGGACGCCAUCGUGGAUGUAAUUGGAGUGUGUAAGAGUGUGGAAGAUGUGACGCGCAUCACAACUAAGAACAGUCGUGAGGUUUCCAAGAGGAACAUUCAGCUGAUGGACAUGUCUGGCAGAGUUAUCCAGGUCACCAUGUGGGGAAAUGAGGCAGAGACAUUCGAUGGCAGUGGGCAGCCUAUCUUGGCCAUAAAGGGUGCCAGGCUCUCUGAUUUCGGAGGACGCUCUCUCUCCACACUCUACAGCAGCACCCUGAUGAUUAACCCUGAUAUUCCCGAGGCAUACAAGCUGAGAGGCUGGUAUGAUAAAGAAGGCCAUGCCCUUGAUGGCCAGUCCAUGACCGAGAUGAGGGGAGGUGGAGGCGGUGGGCCUACCAACUGGAAGACCCUGGCUGAUGUUAAAAAUGAGCACCUGGGCCAUGGAGACAAGGCUGAUUACUUCACUUGCAUCGGCACUAUUGUGUACAUGAGGAAGGAGAACUGCCUGUACCAGGCCUGUCCUAGCAAAGACUGCAACAAGAAGGUGGUGGACCAGCAGAACGGCAUGUUCCGCUGCGAGAAAUGCGACAAAGAGUUCCCUGACUUCAAAUACCGUCUCAUGCUGUCUGCGAAUAUUGCAGAUUUCGGUGACAACCAGUGGGUGACGUGCUUCCAAGAUAGUGCUGAGACCCUCCUGGGCCAGAAAGCAGAUUAUAUUGGCCAACUCAAGGAAUCGAAUGAGGCUGCCUUUGAUGAGGUCUUCCAGCACGCCAACUUCAACACUUUUGUCUUCCGCAAUCGAGUGAAGCUGGAGACCUACAAUGAUGAAUCUCGCAUUAAAGUGACGGUGAUGGAGGCCAAACCUGUGGACCAUAAGGAGUACAGCAAGAGGCUGAUCAUGAACAUCAGAAAAGCUGCGGCACAGUAAAAUACCAUCACUCCCAGCAAUAAAACGGUGUCCCGCACUCAGAGCAGCACUUCCUUCUGUGACCUGGAGCAUUUAUAUGUGUACUCUUCAGUGCCGUGUCUGUAUCUUUUGGCUUUGUUUAUUUGUUUUUCUUUUACUUUUCUUAAAGUCUGAUGAUGCUUGUAUGCCAUGUAAUAUUUUUUGUUUGUUUGUUUAUUUGGAAGUAAUCACAGAUGCUUAUGUUGGACUAAUAUGUGCAGCAGCAGUGUGGUUAUAGGAUAUACAGUUUUCCUGACAUGUAUACAGAUUAGAAGAAGGAGAAAUUGAUGGUUUAUUAGAACCUGCUGACAUUUUGGCAGUGGAUGUGAGAGCUUUCAGCGCAGGCUUUUUUUUUUUUCUUUUUUUUUUUGAGGAACUGAAAGAGAGGGUGGGUAGGGGAGUGUUUGGCAGACAUACAGGUCAGUCUGCACACAUGCCCUGCUCUGUGUCUGUCUUUAAGUUGGCUGGUGGCAGAAGGGAAUUGGCUGCCCUUUGCUAGCAUUUUUGGUUCAGCAGCCCAGUCACUAGGCUUCUGUCUCUGAGCAUGCCUGGAAUGGACCUGUGCAGCCCUGAUAAGCCUGUGUAAACACACACACACACACACACACACACACACACACACACACACAC